AUGGAGGUUGAAGCCACAAUCCCUUACAGUUCAGUCUCCGGCGAGUCGCAUUCGGUCGCGAGUGGUUCCGGUUCUGGUACUUGUAAUGAGCUAACGCCCAGCUCAUCAUUUCCCACGUUUACUUCCAAUAUCAACUAUAAUGACUACUUCAGGCUUAGAACAAAGGAAGAGACACAGAUUGGCGGGGGCAUACUGUCGAGUUUACAAGAUCAUAUAAAUGCCUCUGAAAAGACAAGUAGUCACAAGACAAAGGCUACUUCAGCAGCAGAGUGGAAAUUUCUACUUGCUGGCCUCUGCCUGGAGAUAAUCUCACUUGCUUUAGAUCAGGUUUCUUCCCCAACGAAACCCAGUUAUGCACUAUGUGGACUCUUGUUCGCAUUUGCUGCUCUAGUCCUCUGCCUCUGGGAACUGAUUCACAAGGAUAGAAAGGAAAGAGCUAAACUGAAGCGGGUCGGAAUGCGUUGGUUUCACGAUCAUCCCCGAUCUUUUUAUGCAGUUUUGGGCAGUACUUCUGUCAUAUAUGGAUUAGUUGGUGGCAUCAGUCAGUGUGUUUGCUCGAUUGUUCAGUACGUUUUCUUCCUUCGCCACGGGGAUAAUCCUAUCAAAGCAUCACUUUUGCCUGCCGUCUUUCUUAUAUGUUUGGCUGCUAAAAGAUUAAUAUCGAACCCGAGGUAUGCGAGUGAAUAA